AUGGCCGCUAUCACCAUUCUUGUCAUUUCUUGGGUCCUCGGGGCGUUUGCUCAGAGUCCUCACAGUAUUCCUGGAUUCCACUACAUCGGCUGCUCUUCCAUCGACGUUACAUGCUUUGGAGAGCCCGUUUCCUUUCCUGAUGGCUGUGUUACUCCGGAAGCUUGUCAAAAGGCUUGUGAGGGUUUCCAGAUGGCUGCCCUUUUAAACGAGGAAUGCCGGUGCGGAAACGACAAUGCUGCCAUCACUCCUCAGGACGAAAGCAUGUGUGAUCACAACUGCGAGAAUAACCCUCUUCUCGGCUGCUGCGGCAACUCGUGCCCGCAAGAGAACCCUGGCGUUGCAAACGUCUAUGGAAAAGAGCCAGCUCUUGAGCAGUAUACCGCGGCCUCCAGUCCAAGGACAGCGGAAGCAUCUUCGUCAGUUUCAACAGCUGCUCCUGUCCCUGUCAGCUCGCAGCUUGUUACUCCAGCCGGAGCAGCACCGGAGCCGCAGAGCCAAUCUACUGCCCUGCCUGUUUCGCAGUCUACCGCUGCUCAAUCCUCGGAGCCUUGCUCGACGUCCCAGCCACCGCAGUAUCAAACCGCGCAAGGUCAGGCGCCAGAGCCGCAGGCAUACGAGACAUCGAUUGCAGAUGCUGCCCAAGCCAGCGCAUCGGAUUCUGCAACAUCAGCACCAGCUAUUCCACAAUACGAGACUACUAUGGUAACCAAAGCAGCACCCACCAACAAGCCUUAUGGAGAGUCACCCAUCCCUUCCCAGGUGCCAGGGUCCGACUCUGCUCCUGUCUGCCUACCUUCCUUCUCUUCCAUUGGAGGUCUCGCCCUUAUCGCGGUUAUGAUAAUGUGA